AUCUACCCGACAAAAUCAACUAUGGUUUCACUUCGCUUCCCAUUCUUGUUUUCUCAGCCCAAACGCCCCUGCACUAUUUCCAAUGCCACCACCUCCCGCUCCUUCUCCGCCGCCACUGUCGUGGCUUGCUCCUUUGCUGCCGGAGCUGCUGCUUUUUCCGGCAUAGCUGCUGCUCAGAAAAUUACUAACCCAAAACGCUCAUUUCUCCAAAAUGCAUUGGAUUUUCUCCUACCUAAUCAUUCUUCAUUGCCCUGGGGAUCACUCUCUCUGGCUGACACGUCAUCUACUGUUGUGGAAUCGAAGACCGGUAUGUCAUUUCCUUCGGUCGUUUCCGAAUCGCAGAGACUUUUGGGAAUUGGGUUGAGAAGAAAGAGUGUUUUGGGAUUGAAGAAUAUUGAUGUCUAUGCAUUUGGUGUUUAUGCUGACAAUGAUGAAGUGAAGAAAGUCCUGGGUCAGAAAUAUGGAAAACUAUCCAUUUCUGAACUUAAGGAAAACGAAGGGUUCAAAGAGGAUCUCAUGGAAGGUGAUAUUUGCAUGACUGUUCGACUGCAGAUAGUAUAUAGUAAACUAAGCAUUCGCUCUGUACGAAGUGCUUUUGAAGAAUCUGUGGGAAGCAGACUGCAAAAGUUCGGUGGGCCAGAUAACAAGGAAUUGCUUCGGAGGUUUGCUUCACAGUUUAAGGAUGAAUAUAAAAUACCAAAGGGUUCUGUGAUAGAGCUCUCAAAGGAUCGUGGCCAUGUGCUUCGAACAAGAAUUGAUGGGAAGGAGGUGGGAAGCAUCCAAAGCAAACUCCUUUGUCGAUCAAUUUUAGACCUAUAUAUGGGUGAGGACCCAUUUGAUAGACAGGCCAAAGAAGAGAUUGAGAGUAAAUUGGCAUCUUUCCUUCAACAGUGAGUGAUCAUCGUACAACGUAUUCAGAUGACAUCUGGAAUCUCUACUUUGUUAUAUAUUUUGUGGAACUAUUAUGUCAUCCUUCCCAAACAGAGAUCAAAUCUCAAAAGAUAUUGAAUUGCAUAAGAGAAAUAUGCACAACCCAAUACAAAUAGUUAA